GUUGGUGAAAUUAUUCUUUUUGAAGGGUAAAAUAAAUAAAUACUAAAAACUGUUGGUGGUGAAGAGCGUUUGUUGAAAAGUCAAGGGGCUAAUGUAAAACUUUAGGAAAAAAUAAGUAUGAGCUCAUCGUUCCUCUUCAAGAAGUACAACACACCGUCCUCUUAGAUUCAGCUCCUGCUGUCGUUUCAGCUGAUUCAAGCGCUCAACUAUCUGUGCUAGCAAAGUAAGAAUACUGAGCAAUGGAUAGUGCCAUGAUUAAACCUGAUGGCAUGGUUCCAGCCACGAAACAUCUGGCCUAUCUCAUUUCGUACAAAAAAUAUUUGAUGGACUUGCAUACCAAAAUGAUGAUGUUGAAUGAUACAAGAAUAGAUGUAGAACAGCACAUGAAUCGGAAUAGAAGAAGUCGUCUUGAGGUUCCAGCCGAAGUCGUGGGUUGGUUGGAAGAAGUAGAUAAGAUUAAUGCAAAGGUGGAUACCAUUCCUGCUGAUGUUGGCAAUUCUCUCAAUCUCUUGAAUAGGCAUAAGCUUGGAAAGAAAGCCUUCAAGAUAAUUGAGGAGAUUGAAAGUCUCUUAAGACAAAAAUCUCUGAUGUUAUGGAGUGAUGUACCACUUCCUCUGGGAAAAGUUGAUUUUAUGAAAGCAUCCAAGUCCAGUGAUCACAAUGAAUUCCAAUCAAGAGAGGAGAUUUUUACGAAUGCACUAAAAGCACUCGGACCAAGCCACACAUCCCACAUGAUAGCCUUAUUGGGGAUGGGUGGAGUGGGGAAGACGGUAAUGAUGGAACAGUUGAAGAAGGUUGUGGAAGAUAAGAAAAUGUUCCAUUUUAUUGUCCGGACAGUUUUAGGGUUAAAGAUGGACCUCUUUGCUAUUCAACAGUCUAUUGCAGAUUACCUCGGCUUAGAGCUAAUAGAAUCCACUAAAGAUGCAAGAGCUCAUAAGCUUCGUGAAAGCUUUAAGGCCCUCUCUCAUGGAGGCAAGAGGAAAUUCCUAGUAAUUCUUGACGAUGUAUGGGAGCCUGUUGAUCUGCAUGAUCUUGGUUUAAGUCUUUUGCCAAAUCAAGGAGUCAACUUCAAGGUCUUGCUGACAUCACGCGACAAAAAUGUAUGCAUUAUGAUGGGAGCUAGUUCAAUCCUCAACAUCAACAUCUUAACAGAAGAGGAAGCACAUAGUUUGUUCCACCGAUAUGCAGAAAUUUCUUAUGAUGCUGAUCCCGAGCUCAGUAAGAUAGGAGAAGCCAUUGUAGGGAAGUGUGGUGGUUUACCCUUAGCCAUCAAAAUCAUGGCCGGUACUCUUAGAAAUAAAAGCAAGCACAUAUGGCGAGAUACACUUGCUCGUUUAGAGCACCAUCACAUUGACAAUGUUGUGGCUGGAUCUUUAAAAAUGAGCUACUACUAUAUCAAAGACGAGGAGACUAAGUCCAUUUUUUUGCUUUGUGGUUUGUUUCCUGAAGACUUUGAUAUCCCUACCGAAGACUUGGUGAGGUAUGGAUGGGGAUUGAAAAUAUUUAACCAAGUGUAUACUAUUAGACAUGCAAGAACUAGGCUGUACACAUGCAUUGAGCAGCUCGUGCAUGCCAACUUGUUGAUCGAAAGUGAUGAUGUAGGGGUUGUCAGGAUGCACAAUCUGGUGCGUUCUUUUGUUUUGAACAUGUUUUCUGAAGUCGAGCAUGCAUCAAUUGUCAACCAUGGCGAUAUGCCAUGGUGGCCUGAAACUGCAAAUGAUAUGAACAGCUUGUGCAAAAGAAUUUCAUUAACAUGCAAAGGUAUGUCUGCGUUUCCUGAAGACCUCACGUUUCCAAACCUCUCGAUCCUGAAAUUAAUGGAUGGAGACGAGUCACUGAGGUUUCCUGAAGGCUUUUAUGGAGAAAUGGAAAACCUUCAGGUUAUAUCAUAUGAUAACAUGAAGCAGCCAUUUCUUCCACAAUCACUUCAAUGCUCCAAUGUUCGAGUGCUUCAUCUACAUCACUGCUCAUUGAUGUUUGAUUGCUCUUCGAUUGGAAAUCUUUUGAAUCUCGAGGUGCUCAGCGUUGCUAAUUCUGCCAUUAAAUUGUUACCCUCCACAAUUGGAAAUCUGAAGAAGCUAAGGCUCCUGGAUUUGACAAAUUGUGUUGGUCUCUGUAUAGCUAAUGGUGUCUUUAGAAAUUUGGUCAAACUUGAAGAGCUCUAUAUGAGAGUUGAUGAUCGAGAUUCGUUUUUUGUGAAAGUUGAUGAUCGCAAGACCAUUAGCUUCAUGGAUGAUAACUACAAUGAGAUGGAAGAACGUUUAGAAAACAUUUCCGUAUUAGAAUUUGAGUUCUUUCAAAAUAGUGCUCAGCCGAAGAAUAUUUCAUUCGAUAAUCUUGAACAAUUUAAGAUUUCAGUGGGACGUUCUUUGAAAGGGGCAUUCAGAAAGAGCAAACAUUCGUUUGAAAACACAUUACAGUUGGUUACCAACAAAAGAGAACUAUUGGGAUCUAGAAUGAAUGAGUUGUUUGAGAAAACGGAUAUGCUCUGUUUAAGUGUGGAUGAUAUGAAUGAUCUUGGAGAUAUUGAGGUGAAGUCCUUACAUCCUUCUCGAUUCUCUUCAUUCUACAAUGUAAGAGUCCUUGUCAUUUCCGAGUGUGUGGGGUUGAGAUACCUUUUCACACUUGCUGUGGCAAAAGAUUUGAAAAAUCUUGAGCAUCUCGAAGUUUACUCAUGCGAUAAUAUGGAAGAACUCAUACAUAGUGAGAAUGGUGUAGAAGAGACAAUUACAUUCCCCAAGUUGAAGUUUCUAUCUUUAAUUUGUCUACCAAAUCUAUUGGGCUUGUGCUGUAACGCCAACAUAAUUGAGCUACCACAACUCUUGGAGUUGGGACUUGCCACCAUUCCAAAUUUCACAAGCAUUUAUCCGAAGAAUGAGUUGGCAACAUCUUGUUUGUUGAGGGAAUCGGUUGUGAUUCCUAAGUUGGAGAAACUGCAUAUUCGUCAUAUGGAGAAUUUGAAGGAGAUAUGGCCUUGUGAAUUGAGUACUAAUGAGAAUUUUAAUGUUUCGUUGUUGAGAGCUAUUGAAGUAACCGAUUGUGAUAAUCUUGUGAAUCUUUUUCCGUGCAAUCCCUUGCCAUUGUUGGAUAAUCUUGAAGAGCUUCAAGUACGGAGAUGUGGUUCCAUUGAAGUGUUAUUCAACAUCAACUUGGAUAGUGCUGGUGGGAUUGGAGAAGGCAGCAGCAAAAGCAGCCUGAGAAGCAUUGAAGUGAAUCAAUUAGGAAAACUAAGAGAGUUAUGGAGGAUAAAAGGUGCAAAUAGCUCUGGUCUCCUCAUCGGUGGCUUUCAAGCUGUUGAAUACAUAGAGAUCACAAAAUGUAAGAGCUUUAGAAAUGUAUUCACACCUACCACCACCAAUUUUGAUCUGCAAGCACUUAAGGAGAUCUGGAUAAAUAAUAACGGAGAAAAUAGGAGAAACAAUGAUUUGAUGGAGAGUAGCCAACAAGAGCAAGAGAUUUUGUUAUAUCAAAUGAAGAAACAUCAAAAGUCGGUGACUGCAUUCCUAAUGUUGUAUUUCCUUCCUAUCUCGUACAUUCUUUUCCUAACCUACAUCAACUUAAGCUGUGGAAUUUUAAUGAAGUGGAGGUGGUGUUUGAGAUUGAGCCAAGAAGUAGAGAAUCGGUAA